AUGUUGGUGCAGAUUGUCCGGUUCACGCUGCUCCCGUCCUUGACGCUCGCCGCUCCAGUGGUCGCAAAGCUUCGUCAGCUUGUUUCCAACGCUGGCGCAUCCCGUCAAUACUUAGGCUAUAUGACAUCAACCCAGUACGCAUCUCUUCCAAAGAAAAGGCAUGAGAUUUGCUGGAUCAUACUGUGGCGCAAGAACUUCGCGGCAGCCGACAAACCAGCACUAGUUGGAUUAGACGACGUCGCCCAGGGAGAACCUACGACCAUGCUGUAUGAUUUCGAUGAAGGCCAGCUUGAACAGCUGACACGAGGUAUCGAGGCUCCGAUUUGUGAAUUUGCAUUCAUUCGCUUGUCUCCUGAGGCCCCAUUGUCUGACCCUGCAUUGCGCACUUCAUUGCACAAAACAUACACCGACUGCUAUAAAAUGCUGGGAUUUGUCGACGGGCAGUGGGCGUACUCCCUCAACGCCAAUCAUUCCGACGGUGUCGCUCUCUCGGAUAGCAACAUCCUCGACUCAGAUGACAGGCGCUUGGCUCUGUACUUCUUAGGAUGGGAGAGCAUAGAGCUGCAUCAAGACGCAUGUACGACUCCCCUUUUCGCUGAGGAGAUAGAUAAAUUACAGCCAUGGUUUUACGCUGGCAGUGGUGCAUGGUAUAACAUCUUUCAGAAGUAUGAUUAGGAUCAGUUCUAUAGCUUAUUAUAGCAAUGAUGGUUCAAUCUCAGAGCUAUCGGUUUAUCUAUGUACCAAAAGAGCUGCUUAGAUGAUCUGAUGGUUGGAACAGUAUAUAAAUAUGAAUCCACUCUUGAGUCC